AUGGUGAACGUGGAGCUACCUAAGGCCACGGAGGUUUACGGCUGCAUAUGUUCUCUCAAGCGCCGCCGAGCUCCUGGUCCGGAUGACCUCCCGCGCGCACUGUUCAAAGACGGGGGUGAAGUCCUCAGUCAGCGCUUGUCCGAUUUAUUUGCUUGCAUUUGGGAAAAGGAGUCUGUCCCAGACAACUGGGGAGAGUCGGUGAUAGAGCCCAUUUUCAAAAAAAGAGUGCGUGGUCCGCUUCACGCAUCAUCUGCUGGGUAUGCUCAAUAUGUUUUUGAAGUCGGAUUCGCCGUUGUCUCCGUGCGUCGCGGCGGAUCCGCAAAGCACACGCCGCUUCUAGAUAUUCAGACGUCAAUGAAUCAAGCUCGCCCCCUUCGACCUGAUCAUUUUCUGGCAAGGGAGAAUUACCCUGGUCAUCCAGUCCAGGCGAUUUUGACAAAUCAGUGGGAACAGUCGAUAGCUAUUCAUUAUCCGGCGUUUGAAGGAUCUACGCGCCCCACCAUAGUGGUGCGCGGAGCAUGCCGAACCGCGAGGCAGAAUUAUUUAGAUUAUUUAGUGAGUGAGCUUCCCGUAGACCUAUACACGGCCGCGGAAGUUGGCGUACAGCGCCUUAAUGAGGGUCAAGAAUUUAUGGGGGACACCUUUGCUCCAGAGUCACCACAUCAAGAUCACCAGACACCAAAAGAAUAA